CCCGCAGCACCAGAGGGGCACCGUCAGCCAGGAUGAGCAUGCACCCGGCGCGGCAGGCCUAUGUCGAGGAGGAGAAUGGCGCCGACCACGCCAUGGAGGGCAUUGACUAUGCCAGCGUUCCACUGGAUCGCAACCAUGCCAUGCCCGGUGGAGGAGGCAACGAGAUGGCCUCGGACCUGCUCGCCGAGUUCGAGCGGAAGAAGCGCGCGGCCAAGCUGAUCGUACCGACCGCCGACCGCGACGUCAGACUACGGCUCCGCUCGCUGAAGGAGCCCAUCACCCUUUUUGGCGAAGGACCAGCUGACCGGCGCGACCGCUUGCGCGCAUUGCUGGCGGACGCAGCUGAGGCAGGGGGUGAAGAUGCCGAGGACGUUGUCAUGGAAGACGCAGAGGCGCCUGGAGACGAACAGGAGGAGUUCUACACCCAAGGCGCGCAGUCACUGUUGGAUGCGCGACGAGACAUGGCAAAAUACUCCCUCCCACGAGCCAAGCAGCGCAUCGCAUACCAGCGCCACGAAGCCACAAUACCCCUCAAGGCACACGUCGAGCACCGCAACAAGAUCAAGGAUAGGCUGAAGGGCUUCGAACUAUACGGAUCGCAGACCGCCGACCGGCCAGUCAGUAUCGUGCGCGUUUCACCAAACGGACAGUAUGUUGCAUACGGCACGUGGGGUGGCAAGGUCGCGCUGUUGGAAAUUCCAAGCCUGGAGCACAAGAAGGCAUACCGAGGAGGACACACAGAGCGAACCACUGGCAUAGAUUGGGUGCCUGGCGCAACUCUCUCAGGCAGCACUGUGUCGUCUGGCAGCGUCAACCUUGCAUCUGGUGGAGCAGGAGGGAAGGUGCAGCUCUGGUCACUGGACGACGACAAGCCAUUGCGGACACUGGAGGGCCACACCGAACGCGUCUGUCGCCUGGCCUUCCACCCCUCUGGACGCUACCUCGCCUCAGCUUCCGACGACACCACAUGGCGCCUAUGGAAUGUGGAAACUGGACAGGAGCUCUUGACACAAGAAGGCCACUCGAAGGAGGUGUACACAGUCAGCUUCAAUCAGGACGGCUCGUUGGUCGCCAGUGCCGGGCUGGACAGUAUCGGCCGAGUGUGGGACGUUCGCACAGGUCGCGUGAUUUACAUGCUGGAAAGUCACAUCAAGCCCAUCUACGGCUUAGAUUGGAGUGUAGACGGCCAUCGUCUCCUCUCGGGCUCAGGAGAUGGUUUCAUGAAGUGCUGGGACGUACGAGCCAUGCGAGAAACAAACUCAAUCGCCGCGAAUACAGGGGGUGUCACCGACUUGCGAUGGUAUCAAGGGACCGACGGACCAGCAAGUGGUCUACCGCUGCAGCACAAUGCAGAGGGCGAGCUUAUCCCCAAAAAGGCAUCAACAUUCGUUGUAUCUUCUGGGUUUGACAAGAAUAUUCAAAUCUUCUCGGCAGACGAUUGGGCGCACUGCAAGACACUGCAGGGUCACUCAGGACCAGUCUUCAGUACGGACGUGACGAGCGAUGCAGCGUGGAUCGUCAGUGGAGGAAAGGAUCGAACCGUCAAGCUAUGGUCGAGGGAUGACAACGAGGGGAUAUGAGACAUGGAGAGGACAGAAAAGCGCCAUCGAAAACCGCAUCCAGCGAUAGACAGCCAGGAGUGCUAUACUGCACCGCGCGAUCGCAAGUAGAAGUUCAUACAUCCAGCAAGGGAGACUACUCCGCAACCAGAUCCAUUGACCUGCAGGUCUCAAACAUUCAACAAUGUCAUGAUUGCGAUUCCGGUUUGUUCACCGCACUUUCGCGACUGUCGAUUUGGGACGACUAGAUAAUCGGUAACAGCUCCAAAGAAGGGAGGUACGCGCAAUCGAGCAUCGGACGAAUUUGCGAAUCU